UCAGUCAGAAAUCCAACCUGGUGAUGCAUCAGAAAAACCACACAGGAGAGAAAUGUCCAGUGAAACCGUAUAAAUGUCCAGAUUGUGGGAAAUGUUUCCUACAUAAUUCCAAGCUAGUGAUACAUCAGAGAAUUCACACGGGAGAGAAACCAUAUCAAUGUCCGGAUUGUGACAAAAGUUUCAAGCAGAAUUGCAAGCUAGUGGUACACCAGAGGAUUCACACAGGAGAAAAACCAUAUCAGUGUCUGGAUUGUGGGAAAAGUUUCAGUCAAACUUCCAACCUGGUGAUACAUCAGAUGACUCACACAGGAGAGAAACCGUAUGAAUGUCAGUAUUGUGGGAAAAGUUUCAGUCAGAAAUCUAACCUGGAGGUACAUCAGAAAAACCACACAGGAGAGAAACCAUAUCAGUGUCCAGAUUGUGGGAAAUGUUUCCAGCAUAAUUCCAAGCUGGUGGUUCACCAGAGGUCCCACACAGGAGAGAAACCCUAUCAGUGUCCGGAUUGUGGGAAGAGUUUCCAGGAGAAUUCCAGGCUAGUGGUACACCAGAGGACUCACACAGGAGAAAAACCAUAUGAGUGUCCGGAUUGUGGGAAAGAUUUCAGUACUAGGUCUAACCUUAUAAAUCAUGUAAGGAUACACACAGGGGAGAACCAUAUCAGUGUCCAGAUUGUGGGAAACGUUUCCAGCAUAAUUCCAGGCUGGUAGUACACCAGAGGACUCACACAGGAGAAAAACCCUAUCAGUGUCUGGAUUGUGGGAAAGGUUUCCAGGAGAAUUCCA